UUGAUGGCGUUAAAAAGAAUGGGAAUUGUCAAAGAUUAUGAGAAAAUCCGUACCUUUACAGUUGCAGUAGUAGGUGUAGGCGGAGUUGGCAGUGUGACUGCUGAAAUGUUGACAAGGUGUGGCAUUGGUAAGCUGCUUCUGUUUGACUAUGACAAAGUGGAACUGGCAAACAUGAACAGACUCUUCUUCCAACCUCAUCAAGCUGGAUUGAGUAAAGUGCAAGCAGCAGAGCAUACCUUGAGGAAUAUUAAUCCUGAUGUUCAAUUUGAAGUACAUAACUACAACAUCACAACACUGGACAACUUUGAACACUUCAUGGAUAGAAUAAGUAACGGUGCACUGGAGGAAGGGAGGCCUGUCGACCUUGUUCUGAGCUGCGUGGACAACUUUGAAGCUCGCAUGGCAAUUAACACGGCCUGCAAUGAACUGGGACAAAUCUGGAUGGAAUCUGGAGUGAGUGAAAAUGCGGUGUCAGGACACAUACAGCUGAUCGUACCUGGUGAAUCCGCCUGUUUCGCGUGUGCUCCUCCACUUGUGGUUGCUACAAAUAUUGAUGAGAAAACGUUAAAACGAGAAGGAGUUUGUGCAGCCAGUCUUCCUACGACUAUGGGUGUUGUGGCAGGCAUCCUUGUACAAAACGUUCUGAAGUACCUGUUGAAUUUUGGUACUGUGAGUUACUAUCUCGGUUACAAUGCAAUGCAGGAUUUCUUUCCAACUAUGUCUAUGAAGCCAAACCCACAAUGCAGUGACCAAAAUUGCAGAAAACAACAAGAAAAUCACAAGAAAAAAGAAGCUGCGAGACCAAAGCAAGAAGUAACAGAACAGGAAGAAGAAAUAGUACAUGAAGACAAUGACUGGGGCAUCGAAUUAGUAUCUGAGACUUCAGAAGAUGAGCUGAAGGCUGCGUCUGGCCCAGUACCAGAGCUUCCAGAGGGAAUUACUGUAGCAUAUACUAUCCCAAACAAGGAUGAGAAUUUCCUAACUGAAGAAACGGUAGCAGAGUCCGAAGAAAGCCUAGAAGAACUCAUGGCCAAAAUGAGAAACAUGUAG